AGCCCCUCCCUUCAGCUUUUCAGACAGGAGCGCUGCGUAGUGACCAGUAUCUCCAGCGCAGAAAUCUCCCGACUAAUUAAACAGCGUGAUAACAAAACGCGUGAAUAUCGUGACAGGAUUUUUCUACAGUAUCUUAUCCGGCAGGACGACGAGGUCUGGAGUCUGCGUUACGGAUAAGAAACGGCUUUCACUGCUUUUUUUUCUGGGGUUUUUAUUUUAUUAUGACGCUCACACGUCGGUACACAAAAGAGCUUUGGAGAUGAUGGUGAUGGUGAUGGUGGUGAUGAUGAUGGAAAAACGGCGUCGCAUCCUGAAUAGAAGCAGGACAACGACAAGACUUUACACCUGGAUGAACUGAAGAGGGAUUGUGGUGCUUGGAAAUCACGGGUUGAUUCUGUGUAACAGACUGCUUGAGGUUUGAAUGAUCGUGUCCAGAUGCUGUCAUUGUGCUGUGGUCCGCUGCUGCUGUGCUCCUGGAAGAAGGAUGCAUGGGAGUAUGCCAUCAGCUUUCCCGUUGUUUCCCUCCAGUGUGCGCGUUGAUGCGUGGUUGGUUUGUAUUAGAAGAAACCAGUUUCAGAGAAGAAAUCCAUAUUUAUAAGGACAAUCCCUGGGAAAUCUUGAACAUUCUGUGGUUUAUACAAGGUUAUCCCUUGUUAUAAACUCCUACUGUUGAGUUUUGCAAAUUAAGUUUCAUUAAAAGCAAGUCGCUUCGAAGUGACUGCAUCAACCUUACAUACUUGAAUUAUUUUAACCUAAAUAACUUAUCGAUGAUGGUGGAGCCUGUGGGAUUUAUUGAGGCCUGGAAGGCACAGUUUCCAGAGUCGGAGCCUCCGAAAAUGGAGCUGAGGUCCGUGGGAGGCAUCGAGCAGGAACUGGAGAAGUGCAAGGCGUCUAUUAGGCGGCUGGAGCUAGAGGUGAACAAAGAGCGUUUCCGCAUGAUCUACCUCCAGACGCUGCUUGCUAAAGAGAGAAAAAGUUAUGACAGACAGCGUUGGGGCUUCAGGAAGGCACAGAUGGCCGAGGGGGAUGCUCAAGCAGGUGGAGCGGACCCCCAGCACUCACAAACGCAGGAACCUAGUCAGGGGGAUCGCACCAGAUUCCAGCCUGUAGGAGAAGCCAGGCCUAAACCACGGCCUCCUCCGGCUAGGAAAUCCGCCUCGCAUGGAGAUGGACUGGAACUGCAGUCAGGGUUUGAGCCCCACCAGCUAGGGCAGGGCAGUGAGACAGAUGGGCUUUCACCAUCUAAACAGAGGGGGGGUGUCUCUCCUCGCAGGCCGCAUCCUCCUCCUGACAAGGAGCUCCCAUCCGACCCAUGUCCUAAGGACAAACCAGGCAUGGGACUUGGGGUGGCCGCUUUGCGCUCCAAUUUUGAGCGGAUCAAACGAGCCAACUCACACUCAGCCGGAGAUGGGAGAGGAGGCCAAGACAAGCAGCCUUUCUAUGCCAACAUGGAAUUCCAUCAUGAUAAGGGCCUGGUGCGAGUGAAUGAUCGCGACGUUUCGGACAAGAUCAGUUCCCUUGGCACACAGGCCGUGCAAAUGGAGCGCAAGCGUUCCCUUCAUUCCCUGCCAGGCAACUUGGCCACUGUCGCUGGUGACCUGCGGCCCAGGCCCGUUUGUAGGGGCCGAUCCAGUGAGAGCACCUGCGGCUAUGACGCAGAAUGUGAAGAUGGAGAACCCAACCCUCGGUACAACAGAGAUGGCACUGCUCGGCCCAAUGGAAAUAAACCACCACCUCCUCCGUGGCAUCCGUCAGAUUUUCAGCCCUACAGCGGGGUUUAUGUGACCAGUGAAAGUGGUGAUGGUCGGGUCACGAUGCGAGAGCAUGCCAGCAAUGAUGACCAUCACCUCACCUGGCCGAGGAGAUCCUACUCACCUGGAAGCUUGGAAGAUGUUGGUGGAGGAGGGGGCGGCUACACACCUGACUGCAGCUCCAAUGAGAACUUGACCUCCAGCGAGGACGACUUCUCGUCAGGACAGUCAAGUCACGUGUCGCCUAGCCCAACCGCCGCCUUCCGCAGGCCCUUCAGGGAGAAAAGCCGCUCACCCUCACAGAACUCUCAGCACUCAUUGGACAGCAGUAGCCCUCCGACGCCGCAGUCCCAGAAGAGACACAGGCAGCCACACGUGGUUGUUUCAGAGGCCACUAUUGUCGGUGUCCGCAAAACGGGACAGAUCUGGCCCCAUGAUGGAGACUCCACGCCCUCUAUUAGGACAUCCCAUGACAACAGUUACCAUGGAGAUCUCGAUGGUCCAUUCACGGGGACCCCUCCCACAUACGGUUACGAUGCGGACCGGGCCGAGGAGCAGAGGCGUCACCACGAUAUCCUGCCCUACAUCGAUGACUCUCCAUCAUCCUCGCCGUACCUCAGCUCCAAGAGCCGCAGCAGCAGAGACACACUGUCCUCUGGCUCACUCGAGUCCUCCAAGUCUGCGGACCUGGACCUGGAGAAAGGACUGGAGAUGCGUAAGUGGGUUUUGUCUGCAAUCCUGGCCAGUGAGGAGGUCUACCUCAGCCACCUGGAGGCGCUGUUGUUGCCCAUGAAACCACUGAAAGCUGCAGCCACCACGUCGCAGCCGGUCCUGACCAUCCAGCAGAUCGAGACCAUCUUCUUCAAAGUGCCUGAGCUCUACGAGAUCCACAAAGAGUUCUACGACAACCUCCUUCCCAGAGUGCAACAGUGGAGCCACCAUCAGCGUGUGGGAGACCUCUUCCAAAAACAAGCCAGUCAGCUAGGAGUGUACCGGGCGUUCGUGGACAACUAUGAACUAGCUGUGGAGACGGCAGAGAAGUGCUGCCAGGCCAAUGCACAGUUCGCUGAGAUCUCCGAGAAUCUGAAAGUCCGAAGUACCAAAGAGUGCAAGGACCAGAUAGCCAAGUACUCACUAGAAACUCUCCUUUAUAAACCAGUGGAUAGAGUAACAAGAAGCACACUAGUUUUACAUGACCUGCUAAAGCACACACCCUCCAGUCACCCGGACCACCCCCUCCUCCAAGAUGCCCUGCGGAUCUCGCAGAACUUCCUGUCCAGCAUCAAUGAGGAAAGCACACCACGUCGCCAGUCCAUGACCGUGAAAAAGGGCGAGAAUCGGCAGCUGCUGAAGGACAGCUUCAUGGUGGAGUUGGUGGAAGGAGCGAGGAAGCUACGACACGUUUUCCUCUUCACUGACCUGCUGCUCUGCGCCAAGCUCAAGAAACAGAUCGGCGGGAAGAGUCAACAGUAUGACUGUAAAUGGUACAUUCCACUGUCAGAUCUGACCUUCCAGGCAGCUGAGGAGACGGAGCCUGUCCCAAUCCCGCAGGUCCCAGAUGAAGAGCUAGACGCCAUUAAGAUCAAGAUCUCUUCCCUCAGGAGUGAGAUUCAGAGAGAGAAGAGAGCCAACAAGGGGUCAAAGGUCAUUGAUAGGCUGAAAAAGAAGCUGUCAGAACAGGAGUCCCUGCUGCUUCUGACGUCUCCCAACAUGCCGCUGCGAGUGCAUAACAGAAACGGCAAGAGCUACAUGUUCCUGAUCUCCUCUGACUACGAGCGUGCCGACUGGAAGGAUAUGAUUCGGGAACAGCAAAAGAAAUGCUUUAAGAGUGUGUCCCUGACCUCCAUGGAGCUCCAGAUGCUCACCAACUCCUGUGUGAAACUCCAAACCGUCCACCACAUCCCUCUGACCAUCAACAAGGAAGAAGAUGAAUCACCUGGGCUUUACGGCUUUCUGAAUGUAAUCAUCCAUUCUGCGUCUGGACUAAAGCAGAGCUUGAAUCUGUACUGCACGAUGGAGGUGGACUCGUUUGGUUUAUUUGUGAACAAAGCCAAGACACGUGUGUACAGAUACACUACAGAGCCCAAAUGGAAUGAGGAGUUUGAGAUUGAGCUGGAAGGCUCUCAGACACUGAGGCUGCUUUGCUACGACAAGAGCUACAAUAAAACCAAGAUGAGCAAAGAGGAUGGAGAGAGCACAGACCGCAUUAUUGGCAAAGGACAAAUUGUGCUGGACCCUCAGAUGCUUCAGGGUAAAGACUGGCAGAGGACCGUCAUUCCUAUGAACGGGAUUGAGGUGAAGCUGUCUAUGAAGUUCACAAGCAGAGAGUUCAGCCUGAAGCGAACGUCCUCGUGUAAACAAACAGGAGUGUUUGGAGUGAAGAUCUCCACGGUGACCAAACGAGAACGUUCGAAGGUUCCCUACAUUGUCAGACAGUGUCUAGAGGAGAUUGAGAGGAGAGGAAUGGAGGAGGUCGGCAUCUACCGCGUCUCAGGAGUCGCCACUGACAUCCAGGCUCUCAAAACCGCCUUUGACACCAAUAAUAAGGAUGUCUCAGUGAUGAUGAGUGAGAUGGAUGUCAACGCCAUCGCUGGAACUCUGAAGCUUUAUUUCCGGGAGCUUCCAGAGCCGCUCUUCACUGAUGAGCUGUAUCCCAACUUCGCUGGAGGCAUCGCUCUCUCAGACAGCGUGGCUAAAGAGAGUUGCAUGCUGAACCUGCUGCUGUCUCUUCCCGAACCGAACCUGGUCACCUUCCUCUUUCUACUGGAUCACCUGAAGAGGGUUGCUGAAAAGGAGAGCGUGAAUAAGAUGUCUCUGCACAACCUGGCCACGGUGUUUGGACCGACUCUGCUCCGACCAGCAGAAAAAGACAGCAAGAUUCCCACAAACCCCACGCAGCCCAUCACCAUGGGAGAUAGCUGGUCCCUCGAGGUCAUGUCACAGGUACAAGUCCUGCUGUACUUCCUCCAGCUGGAGACUAUUCCCACACCGGACAGCAAGAGACAGAGCAUCCUCUUUUCCACAGAGGUCUAGAAUGAAGCACGCUGAAUAUGAACUCUGGUAAGUGGACUGAUGGAAGAGAGAGACCCCUGCUGGAUACUAGCAGGAAUAACCGGACUCUCUCUAAUGAGGUCUACACACACAGCCACUGAAGGGCACCGGCGGCUCACAUGGAUCAUAAUACUCACUCUUUCCAGGGCGUCCUGACACAGCUUAGUGAUUUCUGAACGUUAGUACUCUGCUCCUUUUGCUGUCCUGUCAGGAACUGUGUGGACUGUGGGCCAGAGCUGUAUCCUUGUAUCCUGUAUCCUUGCACACGUUCCGAUAAGCCAGUGCGGUUCGAGCCUCGUCCUCCUCCUCCUCCUCCUCCUCCUCCUCCUUCAUUUCUGUUCCCUGAGUGCUAGAGCCUGAACUGUGUUUCUGCUGCUGCCGUCAAAUAGUGCUCAUGGCGUCAUUCCUGAGUCUGUGCUUAUUUGCAGUGUUCCAGUGUCGCUGCUAGUUAAGAUCGAAGAUGCUUGCUUAAACCUAGGGCUUUUUUGUCUUUGUGUUCAAGUUAGGUUAUUAACCUUAUUAGAUAUAAGUUGACCAAAAAUCGAGCAUUAUCAUGUUGAGGCGUCAUCGAAAGCAAUACGGGACGACAGACACGAGCGUUUUUGAUCAUUUCGUGCUCAGAGUCUUGUGUUUGUGAGAUAUUCUUGGAUAACUGCUUAAAGAACAUAACACUGAACAUUGGUCAAUUUCAUUGUGUUUCAGUAGGAAGUGCAGAUUUUGUUCUGUUAAUAAUGUUUCUGUCUCUCAUGUCUCUUGUGAGCAAUAGUUUAAAACAUAAUUCAAGGUGUUACAUUCUGUAGACAGUUCAAUAUGCAUUUUAUUAUUAUUAUUAUUAUUAUUAUUAUUAUUAUUAUUAUUAUUUUGUAAUUCUAUUUAGGGAAUCUUGUGGAAAUAUGUAUGUACAUAAUUUAAAAACUAUUUCUUUUCUUUUUGUAGGGUUUCCUUAAGUGUAAUCAUUUAUUUAUUUUUUGGACAGACUGCCUUGUCUAUUCAUUAAAGAAAUCUCUGGUAAGGAAAUAUCUAGAAAUAUCUAAGACUAAUAUAUAAAACUGGAGUGACCUUUGACCUACUUUACCUAGUUCACAUUCCGUUUAACGCCACAGAUAGUCACUGUGUCCUGACAUGCACCCUUUUUUGUGCACUAUUUUCGGAGUUCUGUCUUUUUGUAGUCCGAAAGCGUAGUGGGAAUGAUCUAGUGUGCUCUUGAGAUCCCACAAUGCACCGCAAAAAAAAAAAAACGUGUCCAAAUGAUGUACAGAAUACCCAUAAUGCACUUUGCAGUUUGUAGGGAAUAGGGAAUAGGGAGUCGGAUGCUAUUUUGAAACACAGCCGGUGAGUUUGUUUAGUAUAAAACCGAAAAGGAUGCGGGUCCUUUGUUUGUCCUUGUCCUUCAUGUCCCUGUGAGGAUCCACUUUAUGAAGGCUAAUUUGUGAGACAUCUCGUUGUCUGUGUCCUUUCGGAGACGUCUAUGACUUUGUGUCCUUUUUUUCUCUCACUAUACAGCAGUGCCUCGCUGUCUUUGUGUAAUAAAGCUACAUUUUGUCUCUAAUUAACACUGUAUAUGUACAUGUAGUGUCAUGGGGGAGAAAACACGCACAGUGUUUGCUUUUGUCCUCUAAUUUGUUAUCGGUCCUCUCUGUGACAUGUCAGUCAUCUUGGGCACUGUGUUCUGCAGCAGCCAUGUUCUGCUGUGCCAACAAGCGCCUCCUUUCAUUCAUAUUCAUAUCAGUCUCUGAGCUGUUAUAAAGCAUGCAGGUAAAAAAAAAAAAAAAAAUCAAGUCUCAAUUUCUUUUUUUUUCUGUUUUUUUUUUUUUUUAAUAAAAAUUCAGUAUGCAUUACUUUUAUUUAACAUGCAGGCAUGUUUAUUUUGGGUUGUUGUUUUUUUUGUUUUGUUUUUUUAUCUUCAAAUUAUGAAAUUUUGAAGUUUCUGUGUUUCGUUUUGAACCGAACUCUUGCUUCUGGGUGUUUUUUUGUUUUGGUUUUUAUUUUGUGACAGGAUUUUCUAUUUGGACUCAAUUUUACUGUAAAAUACAGUAAAAAAAGAUUUUUUUUUUUCCCUUUGAUUCAAACGUCUAUUAAUACCCAUGUGAACAUAACAUUCAUGCCAAUUGAUGUUUUCCUGCUUUAACCUGCUGCCUACAAGAUUUGUGUCAGUGUUUUAAAAAUGUACAAACACGCAUUUUGGAAAUCUGAAUGCGUAAUCUCUAUUUGUAGAUCAUAGGCACAAAAUUAACACAACAUUGUAAUCUUUUAUUGAUCAGAGAGCAGGAUCUUACACGAAACCUUCAGAUUUGUGAUUAUUUCUUAAUUUAUUGUGCUGUUUGUUGUUAAAUGUUUAAGAAAUUUAAAUAUAGAGAUAGACUCAAAUUGAGGGGAAGUAUAAUAAAUAACUUAUUUAAGAAUGGAUUCGUUAUCUGCGCUUUUUCCAGUGUUUGGGGUUUAACUCUUGCUACUUAGACUUAAAACUUUCACUUGUCACAGAGCAAAGCAUGUCAUCAUCUGAUCUGCUCUGAUCUGGAAAAAAAUACUGCUGUAUCAAUUGUUUAUGACAGGAAGCUUUUCUCUUUAGCACAGAUAUCACCCUGACUUAACAAAGCAUCACUGUUUUUAUAAUUGAACAAUAUCAGCACAUUAAAUGAAGUCCUGAAGUGAACACCUCUCCUAAAAUAUAGUACUUUUUUCAGUGUUGUAAUGCCACAAUUGCUUAUUGUGUAUUACAUUUAAAAAAAAGAACUGUUUGUAAUCCUUUUGAGAGAUGUUAUUUUAUGGGCAUGAGUAUACAACAACAGUACAACAUUACCCUAGUUUGUGUUUAAAUCUUUAACAUUAAGGAUAAUGUUAAAAAAUCAUAAUGGAAAUUUCUUCGACAGCGACUAGAACAAGAGUGGGGUUUCUGCUCUUCUCUUGUGAACGUUAUUGAAAUUUUCUUGAUGUUGCUGUUGUUUAAAAAAAGAAAAAGAAAAAAGAGAGAGAUACUGCACUCCGGAGACUCAACUGUUUGGAAGGCGUUUGCGGCCUCGGUUUGUACACAAAUGAUAAAUAAAACCUCCUUUAUCUAUGAAA